AUGCUACACCGCUCUGCUCUGGAAGAUGAACCGAGAUCCUUUCAUCCUAGGCGUCCCUCGGGAUCCCUGAUGGAGCCCCCAUCGGCCACUCCUCCCAAUCGCCCGGCUUCUCGAACCUCCCACCCAGGGUCCCGGAAUCGAAUAGGAAAGGGCUCCCGAGCCGUUACACCGACGGGGCUGGGUGUGGUGACGGAGAAUUCCCCCGGUCUGGCUGCAGAUGGUUCGUGGGGUAGCCCCAUUAAAGAAGGCCUAGGAAGUGUCAAUCGCUGGUCGCAGUCUACAACAUCCAGCAAGGGUCUACCAGAUUAUACGGGUCAUCGUCGAGGGAGUUCCAAAAUGUCCAUGUCGGGACACAGUCCACAGCGGGGACCGAUUUUAGGGGAACUGCCCGAGCUGGGCCUGCCGGAUCUGAAAGCAUCGGAUAUGUUUUCGCCCGACUCAAACUCCCAUCUGGACCUGUCCUUUACCACUUCCAGUCACCUCUUUCAUGAUUCGUCACCAAACGAGCAAUAUAAUCAUCGACUCGGGCCGUCCUAUUCGCAGGGCCACGUGGCUCGGCCCAGUGAAGGGAACAUCUCGUUGGCAGACGUGGAUGCGGAUGCGGAGGGCCGGCAGCAUGGCCAAACCCAGAAAGCAAUGCUAUCCAAAGCGCUGCAGAAGGCGAAUACGGCCGUGCUAUUGGACAACGCCGCCAACUUCGAGGGCGCGAUGGAAGCUUAUACGGAUGCAUGUCACCUACUGCAACUCGUCAUGCUUCGUAGCAAUGGCGGAGACGAAGAAAAACUUAAACUUCAGGAAAUCGUACGCAAACUUUCCCCCUGGUCCAACCAGCUUCAGCGUAUGGACUUACCUCUACCAGACAGCGACGGCAAGGCACUCCCGGAUCGCCCGUUGAGCCAGGAAUCAUACGGCGAAUUAUUUCAACCUCCAAUGAUAGACGAGCCUCAUAUUGAGAGCCAGCAUAGCUCUAAUCACUCCAGUCUUGGUUUCGAGACGUCGAUGGAAGAUGUCAAACAAUUUCCUUCCGAAUCCCCCCUCCUCGUCGCCAAUCUUUGA